CAUAGCAACUAACGGAGCAACCUAAAUUGCAACCAAAAUCCACAUAACAACUCAUAUAGAAACCACCAGAGCAGCCCAAACCGUAAAUUUUUUUUUUUAAAAAAAAAAUUAAAAAAAUAGUAUAUGGGGUAAUUUUAUUUUAAUUUAUAUCUAAGACAUCUACUUCCAGUGAUUUUUUUGAAGACGGUGACUUUUGCGGUGACUUUUUCAGUAACUUUUCCGAUGAUUUUUCCAGUGACUUUAUCUUUUCUGGUGACUUUUCCAAUUUUUUCGGUACCAGUGACCUUUUCGGCGAUACUUAUUAUUGGAAGUUUUAUCAAUUUUUUUUUUAUUUUUUAUAUUUUAAACUUUAAUUAUUUUUUAAUCAUGUAUUCUUUUUGUAUUAUUUAUUUAUGUCAUACAAAAUAAACUCCAUUAAAUUUUCUCAUAUUUAUGAACCCAAAAAAAAGAAUAAUUACAUAAGACACUAUUUUUUGUAAAAAAAAAUUACAUUUUUACGUUUACAGAAUUUUUCUUAUAUUUUUACAGUUUUUUAUAAAAAUAACACCAAAAUAAAAGAAAACUACAUAAAAGUAACAUGAAAAUAACAUCAAAACAACAACAAAAAUAUCAACAACAAAUUAAUAAGAGUACAAUAUAAAAAGAACGUAUUUUAUGUAAAUAAAAUCAAGAAAAUCGUAAAAAUAUUUAGAAUUACGUGAAAUCGUAUUUUUGUAAAUUUUUUUUUUGUUAUUGUGUAUUUGUGAAAUAAUCUCCCCCCCUCCACCCACAAAAAAAAAGAAGGGAAAUUUACACCCACUACUGAUUUUUCCCAUUUUAUUUCAUUUAUACUGUGCCACGCUGGAAACAACAUUUAUACUGUUUUUUUUUUUGGCAGUUUACUGCCUUGAAACUUUAGCCGUGUAAGGGGCUGGUCAUUGCCACUUGUCACGAUAGGGUUUUGCCACGUUUUUUUUUUUUUAAAAAAAAUUAUUUUUAAUUGUUUGAUUUGACGGUUAUGUGUUCUUAUCAAAAGGUAGUGUACUUUUGUAUUUUUCUUUUAUUUUUUUUUAUUAUUUUCGAAUAUAAAUUUUGUAAUUGUAAAUCUCUCUCCCCUCAACUGUUCAUCUUCUUUCCCAUUUUCAGUUUUCUUAUACGGUUGUAGUAGUGGGUGGUUUUUUCAUUUUAAAAAAUUUCAAAUCCCAUCCCACUUUCUUAAACUUCCCUCUCAUUUUCCCUCCCAUUUUUAUUAUUUUUGUCUAUAAAUACCUUCAUAGUUCUUGAUAAUGGCCGUUACUCGUUCAUCACCAUCUCCGGCUAAAGUUACAAAACCCACAAAACAAUCGCAGAAAACCAGACCCAAAUCAAAAAUGGGUAAAAAAAAUCUGAAAGAGAACCCUCCUAGCCCCACUUCCCCUUCUGUCAAAAGAAAAAUCAUUGCCGGACCUUCGAAGAACACUCGAGGAAAAAGACCUCGAACUGUUGUUGAAAAUUCAGACUCAGAUUUUGAGUUGGAUUCUGAAUUUCUUAAGUCGCCUGUUUCUGUUAAGGUAUUUUACUAUUUAUCUGUUGUUGUUUUUGAGGUUUUUUGUUUUUUUUGUUAAAUUCGAUUUUUGAAGUUCAUAUAUCUGGGUAUUUGUUUGUUUUUGUCUCUGUAUUUGUAAUGGUUUUAUAUAUCUUGUUUGAUUUAUUUAUGUGUUUUUGUUAAUUUUUUAUUUGUUGUUUUGUUGGUGUUGUUUUGUUUUAUUUUAGGGCAAGGGUAAAUCCCCUGUAAAGGUGUUGCCAUCAUCAGGUGUUUCUGAAGAAAUUCCUGUUAAUAGGAUUGUUGAGGUUUGUCAUGUUAUGCAUUCUGUUCUAUGUUUUUUUUAUUGUGUUUUUGUUGUUGUUAUUUUCGUAGUGUUUUAUGGUGUUUUAUCAGUGUUUUUAUUGUUCUGUUUUUUAGGAUUGGGAAUGCAAGUACACCCGAUCUCAAUUCUAUCAUUCUAGAGUAGUAACAUCUGGGUAUUACUCUGUACUUGGAGACAUUAAGAGAAUUCUAACUGAAAGCCAAUUGGAAAUUUUUUCAAAAUCUAUGUUUGGUUAUUUUCUUCGGAUUCCGGAGUACAUAAUUCAUUACCAAUUGCUUCAUUGUUUGCUGUUGAGGGAGGUUCAGCAGACUAAUGGGUUGGAGUUUUGGGUUUGUGUCCAAGGGAAAUACCUUAGGUUUAGUAUCGAAGAGUUUGCGUUGGUCACGGGGUUAGAUUGUCAUGUUGAUUCAGAUUUUUAUCAGUUUAAGCAAGAUGAUAAUGAAUUGGUCAAACAUUGUUUUAAGGGGUACAAAAAAAUUACCAAGGGUGCUAUUCAGACUGCUUUUAUUGCUGACAAUCUUAAGGAUAACGACGAUCUUGCAGUCAAGUUGGUUGUAUUGUAUUUUGUGCAGUGUUAUUUGUUAGGUGGUCCCCCGGGUAAAGUUGUUUCGUCUGAGGAAAUAGAUGUUGUCGAUAGUGGUCGAUAUAAUGAAUUUGGUUAGGGCAAGCAUUGUUUUGAUAUCACUAUGCAUUCUUUGAAGGGUAAGAUAGAUUCUGGUUAUAAGAGGGUAGUUCGUAGUGACGAGGAUGGUGGGUAUUACAGGUUAUUGGGUUUUCCUUUGGCUAUUCAAUUCUGGUUUUUCGAGUGUUGCCCGUAUGUUAUUGGGAAACUGUCGUUGUACUCAAAUGUUGGCAUUCCAAGGAUUUUGAAUUGGCCUAAAUUACCCAAGGACAAGGAGGGUAUGGUGAAAAUGGAUGUCAUGAACACCCUCAUUUUCGAUCGGUCUUUGAAAGAGUUAAAAUUAAGAAACAUCACUCCAACUUCCGUUGAGAGAUUGAGUUUGAGCCUCACUGAUUUUUUCUCUGGUGAGACUACUCCCGAGGCUGUAAAAUUCAAAAUUAAAGCCUGAACAGUCUCAAGGUGGGGAGGAGAACAUUGAUGUUGAUGCAACAAUUGCAUCUGCUGUUAAAGCUGUGGAGAAUUUGGUUUGUGUUUCUGUUUUUGUUCCUUUGUAAUUUGUAUUUAUAUGGUAUUCUAUUGUUGUUUUUAUGGUGUUUUGAUUGUACUAUUUGAAAUUUAAAAAAAAUCUUUUUUUUUCCUUUUUCUUUUUUAGAUUGGUUUUUCAACUCAUGCCCCUGCUUCUGUUGAGACUUAUGAGAAGACUGAUCUUGAAAUGGUUGUUUUUCAAGAGACGCCUAUUUUACGUCCUCAAAAGAGGGAUCGGAAGAAAGGAGCUGUUUUGAAAUCCCCAUUCAUUGAGCUUGCUUCUGGUGCAUCUAAAUCAGGUUCAUCCUCAGUUUCUCCUGACGAUUCUGUGUAUAAGGUCGUUAAAUAUGUGCGUGGUUUGUGCCUGUUGGACAACAAGAUUGGUGAACCUGUCGAUCCGCAAUUGGAAGCUGAGUUUGUCAAGUGGGUUGAUACAGGUCUUAGAAAGCAUAAAUCUGAGUUUGACAGUUAUAUAUCUCUUAUCGUUUUCCAUUUAUUUUUUAUUUUUUUAUUUGUGUUUUGAUAUUUUUUUAUUUGUUUUUUUUAGCACAACAACUAAUGUGUAUUGUAAGGGUAAGGACACAAUAUUUUCGCCUUUUCGUUUUGGUGUUGAGGAUAUUAGCAACAAGAUGUGGUUUCACAACCUUGCCUACCCUAAUUGUUUCCUUACCAAUUCUGUAAGUUUUUUUUUAUUAUUAUUAUUAUUUACAUAUUGUUUUUUUUUAUUAUUUUUUUUUAAUGUUUUUCUGUUAGUUUUUUUAUAAGUUUGAAUGUUUUUUUACUUUUUUUUUUGUUCAGCACAUUGACAUCAUUUUCUAUUAUCUCCGUAAGAAAAUAAUGUACUCAGCCGAGCCGAAAAUCAAAGUCACCACAACUGAUUGCCUCUUUUGUUCUAGCAUAACAAGUUUGUAUGAGAAGUUUGUUGAGAAAAACAACGAUAUAUCUGUGUUGUCUCUUUCUCACAAUGUGGCCCAGUACAUUCAAGGUGGUAAGAUAUUAUGUGCCACUCCUUGGCAUUUGGUUGAUCAUGUUGUUAUGCCUAUCAAUGUAAAAUUACAGGAUCAUUGGAUUUGUGGUCGUCUAAACAUAGUUGACAGGCGGAUAUAUAUCUGUACAAUUCAUUGCGUUCUGGAAGGUAUAUGACAGCUGCAAAAGAGGCUUGCAAGCCUUUUUCUGUUAUUUUACCAUAUUACUUCUCUAUGUUAGAUUUCAAAGGCCUUCGUAACGAAGCUAAGUUUAGCACUAUGGAACCGUUCCCUAUUGUUGCUGUUGAUGGUUUACCCGAGCAGGUCACAGCGUAAGUUUUAUGUUUAGUGUUCAAUGUUUUUCAUUGGUUUUUUGUAUUUUUAUUUUAUUGUUAUUUGACUUUGUUUUUUAUUAGUGUUCUCAUAGUGUCUGUUUUUGUGUUUUCUUGUUGUUUUUUUUUUCCAGUGAUUGUGGUGUUUUUGUAGCAUCAUUUGCUGAGUAUUUCAUUGAUGGCAAACCCAUCCCAUCCUCUGAUUUUGAUGUGGAAAUUCACCGCGAUCGUUUGGCUGUGUUAUUUUAUCAAUAUGGCAUGAAGAAGCAAACUGAGAACAUUGAAAGUGAAUCUGAGGCCCCUCCCAGCCUUCCCAAGAAGUGAUUUAUUUUUUCAAUCAGACUGUCAUUGUUCUUAUAGUUUUUUAAUGUUGUUUUUAUGUUUUUUUAUGUUGUUUUUCGUAAACAAACAUUGGUGUUCUGUUAUGUUUCCUUACGUUUUGUGUGGACAAUAUGUAAUCUUUAUUUUUGUAUGUUUUUUCUUAUUCUUCGUAUGUACAAACAAGUUGGUAUGUUAAAGUUGUUAAUUUUUUCAUUUCACAUCCCUUCUUUUUUUGUUUUUUUUUUCUUAUAGUUUCUCUAUUUUUUUGAAUACAAAUAUUCAUUUCAGUAUUAAAAACACAAACUGUUUCAAUAACAAACUUCAUAUAUAUAUUCAAUUUAGUAUCCAACAUCUUUUAAUAUCCAAUCUAAAGUAUCAACAAUUCCCAAUGUAAUCAAUGUUUUUCAAAUAAAAACUGUAUUCCCUUUGUAUUUCAGAAAUUUAAAUUCCUCAAUAUCUCAUUCUCAAAACGUAUGUGUAGUUUUCUUUUGUUUUUCCACUGUUGUUCUGUUGUUGUUUUUAUUCCCUUCUACGUCUUCUGCUGCAUGUUCUUUUGUUAUGCCCCAGUUCACCACAUUUGCUGCACUUGUUGUGUUGAUCCUUUUCCCAUCCAGCCUUCCUUCUUAAUGUUUUUGGUCUUCCUGAUUUUACUCUUUCAUAUGGAGGCAAGACUAUAAUAUUCUUCACUUCUUCCGAUACCUCCCACUCACUUUGUUGUCCUAUUGGGUAAACUGUCCCUGAAUAAGUUGCCAGCCAAUUUUUUUUUUUGUGUAGUAAUCUGAACAGUAGGUGUACGGGUCCAUGUUCAUCUCCCUCAUCACGGCCACAGCGUGCCCGCAUGGCAUUUCAUCUAUUUGGAACCUGUUGCACGUGCAUGUUCUUUUUUCUAGGUCUACUUCCCACGAUUCUUUCAUUCUUGUUACCUCAAACAAGUAAUCUGUUGUUGCUUUAACCUGUUUUAAAUUUUAUUACAAAAAAAAAAAACAAACAUAGCUGUAAUUCCUACAACAACAAUACAAAACUAUUAAAACAACACUACAACAACACCUUUUACCUCCAGAUUCAGUGAGUAUGUGUAAUUUUUCAACAGUAUGUCUUCUCCAAUUGGUGAUAGCUUAGUGAAGGUGUUUUGUGCUUUUGUCCUAUUAGUAUGGGUCCAUUGUUGCACCAAUGCUCUCAAGCAUUCUAGCAGCGUUGUAAUUGGUAGCUCCCUUGCUGCCAAAUUUGCAGCGUUCAGUGAUUCUGAUAUGUUUGAGGUCAUUGUGGAAUACCUCUUGUUUUGGCUAUGAAUUCUUGACCACUUUUCAUAACCGAUUUUUUUUAGGUAAGGUCUUAUGCGUUUGUCCAAUCCAUCCAAUUCAGCCAUGUGGAACUCGAAUUGCUUUUCUGUGUAGGCUUUGACUGCUCCAAAGAAUGGCAGAUUGUAUUUGGCAGCAUGUUGUUUGAAGCUUGUUUUAAGGUUGCUCAAAAUGUGG